AUGGAAAUGUCCAGUCAUGUCAAGGGAGAUAAUCUGGAAAUGUCCAGUAAUGUCAAGGGCGAUGAUCUGGAAACGUCCAGUAAUGUCAAGGGAGAUAAUCCGGAAACAUCAAGUCAUGACAAGGGAGAUAAUCUGGAAACAUCAAGUCAUGACAAGGGAGAUAGUAUUGUUCAUGGUAACAGUAUUGUUCAUGGUAACAGUAUUGUUCAAGGUAGCAGUAAUGUUCAGGGUAACAGUAUUGUUCAGGCUAACAGUAUUGUUCAGGCUAACAGUAUUGUUCAGGCUAACAGUAUUGUUCAAGGUAACAGUAAUGUUCAGGGUAGUAGUAUUGUUCAAGGUAGUAGUAUUGUUCAGGGUAGUAGUAUUGUUCAAGGUAGCAGUAAUGUUCAGGGUAACAGUAAUGUUCAGGGUAACAGUAAUGUUCAGGGUAGUAGUAUUGUUCAAGGUAGCAGUAUUGUUCAGGGUAGUAGUAUUGUUCAAGGUAGCAGUAAUGUUCAGGGUAACAGUAAUGUUCAGGGUAACAGUAAUGUUCAGGGUAGUAGUAUUGUUCAGGGUAACAGUAGCAGUAUUGUUCAGGGUAACAGUAAUGUUCAGGGUAACAGUAAUGUUCAGGGUAACAGUAUUGUUCAGGGUAACAGUAUUGUUCAGGGUAGUAGUAUUGGUAGUAGUAUUGUUCAGGGUAGUAGUAUUGUUCAGGGUAACAGUAAUGUUCAGGGUAACAGUAUUGUUCAGGGUAGUAGUAUUGUUCAGGGUAGUAGUAUUGUUCAGGCAAACAGUAAUGUUCAGGGUAGUAGUAUUGUUCAGGGUAACAGUAAUGUUCAGGGUAACAGUAUUGUUCAGGGUAACAGUAUUGUUCAGGGUAGUAGUAUUGUUCAGGGUAGUAGUAUUGUUCAGGCUAACAGUAAUGUUCAGGGUAGUAGUAUUGUUCAGGGUAACAGUAAUGUUCAGGGUAACAGUAUUGUUCAGGGUAACAGUAUUGUUCAGGGUAACAGUAUUGUUCAGGGUAACAGUAAUGUUCAGGGUAACAGUAUUGUUCAGGGUAGUAGUAUUGUUCAGGGUAGUAGUAUUGUUCAGGCUAACAGUAUUGUUCAGGGUAACAGUAAUGUUCAGGGUAGUAGUAUUGUUCAGGGUAGUAGUAUUGUUCAGGGUAGUAGUAUUGUUCAGGGUAACAGUAAUGUUCAGGGUAGUAGUAUCAGGGGUAGUAGUAUUGUUCAAGGUAGCAGUAAUGUUCAGGGUAGUAGUAUUGUUCAGGGUAGUAGUAUUGUUCAGGGUAGUAGUAUUGUUCAGGGUAACAGUAAUGUUCAGGGUAGUAGUAUUGUUCAGGGUAGUAGUAUUGUUCAGGCUAACAGUAUUGUUCAGGGUAACAGUAAUGUUCAGGGUAACAGUAUUGUUCAGGGUAACAGUAAUGUUCAGGGUAGUAGUAAUGUUCAAGGUAGCAGUAUUUUUCAGGGUAGCAGUAUUGUUCAAGGUAGUUGUAAUGUUCAAGGUAGCAGUAUUGUUCAGGGUAACAGUAUUGUUCAGGGUAGUAGUAUUGUUCAGGCUAACAGUAUUGUUCAAGGUAGCAGUAUUGUUCAGGGUAACAGUAAUGUUCAGGGUAACAGUAAUGUUCAGGGUAGUAGUAAUGUUCAAGGUAGCAGUAUUUUUCAGGGUAGCAGUAUUGUUCAAGGUAGUUGUAAUGAUCAAGAUAUCAGUUCUGUCCGGGGUAUAAUGUUGUUCUAA